AUGUCACAGGAGCAUGACAAUAAACGCGCGAUCCUGGUUCUCCAGAAUGAGCCGGGUUAUGGCGGCCAGCGUCGCUCUUUCACCACAGAGGAUGAAGCCUGGAAAUCUUUUCUGGAGAACCCACUGACAGCUGCCACCAAGGCAAUGAUGAGCAUAAAUGGAGACGAGGAUAGUGCCGCAGCUCUGGGUCUGCUCUACGACUACUAUAAGGUGCCCAGGGAAAAGAGAACAAUACACCAGCCCAAGACAGACACACUGGUCUCUGAUGUGGAUCCCAACAAAAGGCACCAGAUCCAGGCCGGACACUCCAUAGUCCAACUCCAGGAAGCCAGUAUGGAAAACAGGAUCCCGGUACUCAAGCCUCCCUUCAAUAUUCUUCAGCUGGGCCCGGACAAGAGAGCCCACUUUUCUUCACCAGACACUACUGUCACAGUUUCCAUUGCCACCGUGCCAAACCAGACUAUCAAGACAGAGGUGCCCACCCACGGCUUCUCGGUGACUGUGCCAAACAACUGCAGCGAAACGGAGAGCCACGUGGGCGUCUUUGACCGCCAGCUCACCCACAACACGGUCCAUUUCAGCCCUGGCACCCAGGCUCGUACGCCCCCUGACUCCACCUUUCCCGAGAGCUUUAAGGAUGGUUCCCAGGAAGUGUUUUCCCUCCCAGGAGAUCUCCAGUUUCGCAUGACCUCCAUGACGCCCGAGGAGUACACUCAGUUUGACACCGUGCCGGGGAAUAAUUUUGAGUACACUCUCGAGGCAUCCAAAUCUCUGCGUCAGAAGACAGGUGAUGGGACAAUGACGUACCUCAACAAGGGCCAGUUUUACCCCAUCACCCUCAGGGAGAUUGACAACAAAGGCCUGCAGCAACCCAUCACCAAAGUCAGGAGCGUGGUGAUGGUGGUGUUUGGAGAGGAGAAGUGCAGAGACGACCAACUAAAACACUGGAAGUACUGGCACUCCAGACAGCACACGGCUAAACAGAGGUGCCUCGACAUCGCUGACUACAAGGAGAGCUUCAACACCAUCGGCAACAUUGAGGAGAUUUCAUAUAACGCCAUUUCCUUCACCUGGGACACAAACGAGGAGGCCAAAAUCUUCAUCUCCGUCAACUGUCUGAGCACAGACUUCUCCUCUCAGAAAGGGGUGAAGGGUCUUCCCCUGAAUCUGCAGAUCGACACUUACAGUUACAACAACCGCAGCAACAAGCCCAUCCACCGUGCCUACUGCCAGAUCAAAGUCUUCUGUGACAAAGGCGCCGAGAGGAAGAUCCGAGAUGAGGAGAGGAAACAGUCCCGCAGGAAAGUUGCAGAUGUGAAAGUACCAAUGCUCCAGAAACGUAACGAUGUGACCAUCUUUAAGAUGAUGACUGAUCUCGAGACCCAGCCUGUCCUCUUCAUUCCCGACAUUCACUUCUCCACCUUCCAACGUCAUGUGACAGCUGUUUGUGUGCGUGUGUGUUUCAACCACAGCUCGGGCAUGAAGAGAUUACCCUUCAGCGACGACGAGUUCGGUUCACCCCCAAACAAGCUGCCAAGAGUGGAGGAACCAAAGAAAGUCCUGCUGUACGUGCGCAAGGAAACAGACGAGGUGUUUGAUGCCCUCAUGCUGAAGAAUCCCACGCUGAAAGGCCUGGUGGAAGCUAUUUCAGAGAAGUAUGAACUGCCUUACGAUAAGGUUGGAAAGGUCUACAAGAAGUGCAAGAAAGGCAUUCUAGUCCACAUGGAUGACAACAUCAUCAAACACUACUCCAACGAAGACACCUUCCAGAUCUCCAUGGAGGAGUUGGGCGGCUUGUACAAACUCACCCUCACUGAAAUCUGAUUGGAGAUGUCGUAGAUUACCCUGAAAAGAGGGGCGGAGGACAAAUGGAGCCGUCAAGUUUACACUUCUGGCUAUGCAGUGAUUAUGGACCUGUCAUUCAUGUUGUCUGCGUGUUGUAUUAGCGUCCAACAGAUGUUUUUUCUGUUUGUUUGUUUCCUUUUUUUAAAAGCCAUAGCUCUUAACGGAUACUGGUUAGAGAUGUAAGUUAUACAUUUUGAUCCUUAUAAAGCUGUUUGUUUGUGCAUAGGAAUUAACAAGUGAGGACAUAUUUGACACUGACAUGACACUUUUGCAUUUAGUGAGAAUGUGAGCUGCGCCUCAAAUGUCAGUGCCUGCUUUUGUAUAUUUUGCUCAGGCUUGCAGAACAGUUGAAGUGCUGCUAUACCUCAUGCUAUACAAAGCAGCAGAGUUCAUUCAUUCUUCAGAAGAAAGAGAUUAUCUUUCCCAUCAUAAAGCUACAGCGCUGAUGAUCUGCAAAGUUUAGCACACAGAAAUUCAUAGUAAAAUGCCCUUAAAUUGUUGAUGAAGCUCCAGAGGUUCAGUGUAUUAAUCCUAAACAAAACGUGGCAGUAUUUAGUGUGUAAAACCAUCAUAUAAUUUGGUAGAAUAUUGUAAAUGUUUGUUUUUUUUUUAGCCUAGAAGAUUUUUUUUUAGGUGCCAUUAAAAAAUGCUUUUUCUCAGAUCAAUUUAAAUAUUGGUCUCCUUGUAAGUAUUAAAUGGUCACUAAAUAUGUUGAUAAUAUUGCAAAAACAGAACUACCCUUUUCCUGUAGAGUAGAUUCACAAAUGCUGUAAAAAUAGGUCAAUUAAUAUCUAGCACAGUCUGUAAUGGCUGUCCUGGAAGUGCAAUAUGAUGAUUAGAUUGAGUCACAUUCAGAAAACAAAUCUCAUCAAUUGCCAUAACAUACAGUAUAGAAAUCAUGUUUUUUUUUUUAUUUGUACAUAGCAAAAAGAAAAAAGGGAUCUAAAUGAUCUCUCUUUUGUAUCUCAGUACUUAUUGUGUAUAUAUUUAUUAAGAGAAUGGAUGUGGGUCAUUGUUUUUUAACCAUAUAUAGAUUUCUAUUUCAUCAUAAUAUAAUGUUGUUGUUUUUUUCUUUUUAUAUGAAGUUAUUCAAAAAUUACAUGUCCAGGGACACAAAGUUAACAUCUUUUUGUUUUUUUGUUCCCUAAUAAAAGCUCUGCUAUAGCUGCUG